AUGAAGCAACAGAAUUUAACAGGACGAAAAGAAUUAGGAGAAUUCUGCGAACAGUUUGCUUAUGAACCAGGCAUUAAAUAUCCAGCUAAACCUCGAAAAGUUUCCCAUAAAAAACAAUCUAAACCCAUCCGGAGAAAGUCACAUAAGACAUAUCAACAGAAACCUAGUAAGAAGUUUUAUUCCAAAAAAGCUUCAUAUACAGGAAAAAGAAAAGAAAAAUCUAAAUCAGAAAUUAAAUGCUAUAAGUGUGGCCAAAUUGGUCACUAUGCGAACCGAUGCAAAUCUAAAGUCAAGUCCAAGAUUAAUGAGUUAAAUCUUGAUCCAGAUAUUAAAAGACAACUUCUCCAAACAAUAGAGGAAGAAUCAACCGAAGAUGAGUCUCCUUCCGAAGAUGAAGUCAAUGAAUUAUUUUCACCCUCCAGUAGUGACGAAGAACAAGAUGAACCCCUUUGCCCUUGUUCAACCAACCAGGAUCAGCUAUCUGAAAUCAAUUAUUGGAAAUCAAUAGUUGAAAUGAAUGGUUUACAUUUAGGUGAGCCUAACAGCAUUAAUGUUCUAACUGAUGCACAGAAAGAUAUGCUAGCAGUUGCAGAUCAAAUCCAGGAUCCAGAAAUAAAGAUUAAAUAUCUAAAAAUGUGUUAUGAACACCAACAAACAGUUCAAGAACAACCUUUAAUACCACUUAAAUCAAAGAAAUCAGAAACUGAAGUAGAACAAACAAAAGAACAAACAGAAUCCUCAACCCAGUAUUUACUACUUGUUAAUCAAGUCACUUUCCAGAAAUGGUAUAUCAAAGUUUCCUUUAUGAUACAACCAGACUUUUGGAUCAAAGAUGCUAUCGCUUUAGUUGAUAGUGGUGCCGAUAUGAACUAUAUCCAGGAAGGCAUAGUUCCUACCAGAUAUUUUCAAAAGACUACCCAAAGUUUAACCAGUGCUAGUGGAAAUUCACUCCAGAUCCGAAAAUUGAUCAAACAGGAUAUUGGCAAAUCCAAAUUGCAGAACAGGAUCGUUAUAAAACAGCGUUUACAGUACCCUUUGGACAUUAUGAAUGGAAUAAAUGGAUUUGUUAUUUCCGCACCAAAAAUGCAAUUGUUCCAAACAACAGUUAGAUAUUUAGGACAUAAUAUCUCCAAUGGAAGUAUUAUUCCUAUUAACAGAAGUAUUGAGUUUGCCUCGAAAUUUCCUGAUGAAAUUAAGGAUAAAACUCAAUUACAAAGAUUCUUAGGAAGUCUUAAUUAUAUCAGAGAUUAUUAUCAUCAAUUAUCAGCAGAUGCUAAUAUUUUGUAUACCAGGUUAAGGAAGAAUCCGCCACCAUGGGAUGAAGAACAUACUUUAGCUGUUAGACGAAUUAAGGCUAAAGUUCAACAGAUACCUUGUUUACAGUUACGAAACCCUAAUUGGAAAAAAAUUGUUGAAACUGAUGCUUCCAAUACAGGAUUUGGUGGGAUAUUAAAACAGCUUAAUCCCAAUACCAAGAAAGAGGAAUUAUUAAGAUUCCAUUCUGGUCAUUGGAAUAAAGCCGCUUUAAACUAUCCAACGAUAAAACAGGAAUGUUUAGCUAUUGUAAAAUGUGUAAUUAAAUUUCAGGAUGAUCUUUUAAACCAGCAUUUUCUCAUCAAAGUUGAUUGCUCUGCUGCUAAAUAG